UACAUAUAUGGUAGAUUACACCAAGAAAUUCUAACAGCCAAAGACAAUUUAAUAAUCUUCAUCCUAAGCUUUCCUCUUGUAUAUAUGCAUUAAUUUUCAAGUCCUAAUCAAAGAAAUUUCAUCUUCUUUCACUUCAUUUACAUUCAAUCAAUCUCCUCCUAUCUUAUACAAAAAGUUUCCCCUCUGCCUUCUUUUUUCUAAUUUAUUGAGAUCCCAUUUUUGGUGGUUAGAUAAAAAUGGGGCUAAGGGACAUAGGAGCAACACUGCCACCUGGGUUUAGGUUUUAUCCAAGCGAUGAGGAGUUGGUGUGCCAUUAUCUCUACAAAAAGAUAGCGAAUGAGCAAGUGUUGAAGGGUACUUUGGUGGAAAUUGAUCUGCAUACAUGCGAGCCAUGGCAGCUUCCUGAGGUGGCAAAGUUGAAUGCAAAUGAAUGGUAUUUCUUUAGCUUCCGAGACCGGAAAUACGCGACGGGGUUCCGAACGAAUCGGGCGACGACAUCAGGUUACUGGAAAGCAACAGGGAAAGAUCGAAUGGUGUUGUACCCAACAACGGAAGAGGUGGUUGGGAUGAGGAAAACAUUGGUGUUUUAUAGAAACCGAGCUCCCAAUGGUAUCAAAACUGGAUGGAUCAUGCAUGAAUUCCGCCUCCACACUCCACAUUUGCCUCCUAAGGAAGAGUGGGUUUUAUGUAGAGUGUUUCACAAGAGCAAAGAAGAGAACAGCACCAAACUCAGCUCCCCAAUGAUGUUGGAGACCUCAUCAACUCAUCAUGCCCACGAAACAGCCUACCAACAUAUCAGCUCUUUGUCCACCGCCACACCUACCUAUCAAAGCCACGCCCAAUGCUUGCUAAACCUGCUUCAAUAUAAUUCCCAUCAAGAGAACAACAGCAAUGAAGUUAGCUCCAAAGUUGAUGAUGGCUAUGAAUUCUUGUGGGACAUGGAAGAAAACAGCUUGGGAUGUUCAUGGGGUGGCUUCCAACUUGGAGGACAUGAGAUUUGAGAUUAAUAACAGUCUGGUUUCCUAUGGAAGACAUUGAAUAUUUAAGGGAGGGAAAAAGGAAUCUGUGAUGUUUGCCUUCGAAGAUAAAUGAAACUCAUGUUGAAACGGAUGGGUAGAAGAUUUGUGUAUUUUCUAGUUUAGGGUUUAUUUAUUUUUGUCUUCAACAUUGGGCAUUGUAAAAACUAUAUAUAAAGCAUAUAAUUAUUCUUUACAAGUAGAUUUGAGCUAGCUUAAUAACAAGGGUCAAACAUCCGCAUUGGUAUGGGUAUAUCACCCAAUGAAAUGUACGUACAUUGUACAGCUACAUUAUCAGUUUCAUAGUCAACAUUGUGGAUGA